AUGCCUCCCGAAAAUGAUUCCAAGCCAAAGUCCAAACAUCGCAAGUCAACAUGCGCUGGUUGCCGUCGACGCAAGUCCAAGUGUGAUGGGAAAACACCUAAAUGCACGACCUGCAUAGCAUAUAAGGAUGACUGUCAUUAUGACAAGCCUCCAUCAAUCGCAUACGUGCGAUCGCUUGAAGAAGAAAUACAGGAGCUGAAACUCCAAUUACGUCAAGCAAAAACGGCGGUUUGGCUGAACAGGACCGGCACAAAUGACGAGAGGAAAUUGCUAUCAACAUCUCCUCCGAGUGAGAUCGCUGGGUCUCAAGGUUCUACUUACAACUUGGCGCAUCGCAGCCGAUCAUUUAAAUUGGAAUCAGACAUCAGUGUGGACGAUAAUGGCAGUGUAUCGUUCCAUAAUUCGACAUCUACGAUGUACGAACCUCCUUCUGCUCAAAGCCACCUCACUUCCUCGCGGUUGGGAAAUUCAUACUCUUCUCACAACUCAACAAUUGAUGACCAACAAGCACGGAGGCAACUUGUUCUGAAUGCGAGCCAUCAAAGGCAGAUCGAACCAUUCGCAAUAGCAAAUGGUGCCGCAAGAGUUAAUAUCCCAAAGGAAACCUCUCUCGAGUUGCUGAAAUAUCACUGGUGCUGGCAACAUCCUCUUUUCCUCGUUGUUUACAGACCAGCCUUCACAAAAGGAAUGACUGCCAUAGAUCUCAGUCACCCAGGAGCAGAUGAUCCACCAUAUUUCUCAGAGUCUUUACUAAAGGUCAUUCAUGCGCAUGGCGCCCGAUUCUUGAACCAUGAUGUCUACCAACAACAUUAUCAGAAUGGUUUAGCUCGGAAUAGUACUCUCACAACAACUCUGACACCUAGGGAGUUAAGAGAAAAAAUGACUGAGGAGGCUAGAUUCAGCCUCGGAAUGGAUAUACUCAGAGACAGCUCGAUACCUUCGAUUCAAGCACUUCUUCAGCAAUCUGCCCGUGAAGCCAUAGAUGGGCACUCGUCCCAGUCUUGGACUUUUGCUGGCAUUGCAUUCAGAAUGGCUUUGGACAUAGGCUUACACCUCCCCAGCGAUAAGUUACAAGUCUAUGUGCCAGGUUUGACAAUUGAAGAUAUCGAAGUCCGAAAACGCCUAUUCUGGAGUUGUUACACAUGGGACAAAAUUCUGUCUCUAUAUCUGGGCCGAAUGCCUGGUUUCACGCCAGCGGUAGAUAACGUCCCGUUGACGUUCCUGGACGAUUUCAGUGACAACGACCUUUGGGUGCCAUACUACGGUGAGACACCUGAUGCUGAAGUCCAUCAGUACCCGAAAUAUCCACCUUGUUCGGGUGAUGCAACAGAGAGCCGCGAUCUGGAAGAAGAGGACCCUUCAGAUGAAUUCAGAGCUAUGAAUCAGGCACCGUUCGUCCGGAUUUCACGAGAUUUGAGAAACUGGUUGAUUACCUUACCACCACACCUGCGGAUCAACCCGGAUCAAAUGCCUCAACUCGCUCCGCCUGCUCAUAUUGUAUCUCUCAAUCUCCUGUAUCAUUCAACGAUCAUUCUUUUGCACCGACCAAUUCUUCUUGGAGCGCAAGAUUUGAAUGCACCAGGACCAGCACGAUCGUACCUGAUUUGUUUACAGGCCACAGCCUCUAUUCACGACCUUAUUCUGCUUCAAGCGAAUACGUUUGGACUUGCGAACCUUUCUUAUCUCAAUGCAUACGCUGUCUAUAUCGCUGCUACGAUUGCGGUAUUGAGAUUCGAGAGAGAAGUGCACCCUGGAGAAGAUCCUGCCGUUUUUGCGCAGAGAAAUGGUCUGACAUACCUGCUGGACGUCUUACAAAAGGCCUCCAAUUCAAUGCCAUCCCUUGAACGGAGCAAUGCCAUAAUUCGAAAACGGAUGAAGACUGUUCUUGACAAUCAAAGAGCUCGGCGGAAGCAGGCAUACUCAAAUGGAUCGACUCCACCUAGGUAUAACUUACCAACACCGACAACGCAGCAACUAAGCCUCGCACAGCCUACAGCUUUUCAAACACUUUCUAGUGCGGCAUUGGCACAUUCGCAUUAUUCACACUCAGACACGACUGAUUCUUUGAGCACCCCAGCAUCUUGGCAAGCCGGAAUACGCAGCAGUUUGCAUUCAGAGUCGGAGCAGCAUCCUGAAGAUUUUUUACCUGCAUUCCCUGGACAGCAGUUCCCAAUAGGCUCGGAGCACAACUUUGCCAGCAUGGAGGUGGAUCCACAAUCCAGGGCGGCUCUUUUGGGUUACAAUUUGGACCCUCAUCCAAGACUAAGCACAAACGAUAUUGAUUGGACUUUCAUGGAUGGCUAUGAAGGGGCUCAAAUCCAUAUGUAA